AUGUCAAUUAUAAAGGGAAGACUUCGAGCGAUAGAGAACGAAAAUAUAGUAAGAGGAGAAGUACUAAGCGCAUACAGGGCUCUUCUAAAAGCUACCCGUAAAUCAUUUUCCGGCGACACCAUGAUGUUUAACGCCUCCGCCGUUGAGAUUCGUCAGAAAUUCGACGUCAAUCGUCACGUGACUUCGGAGCCUGAGAUCCGGAGACUCCUCGAGGAAGCACGUGAGGCAUCCCAAUUCAUUUCCACCAUGAUCGUUCAAGCCAAGCUCAACGAACGCGGCGGCUACGAGGUUAAGCCGAGUAAGGAGCAUGUGGGAGCUACACUGGAGAUCCCCUCCGAAGAAAUCAUCAGAAAAUCUGCAACACAGUCAAAGCAAUAAACUUGGGCUUUCAUCAGAUACAUCACUACUCUAUUUCCUUGCUUUUUUCAGUCUGCAAAUGACUUGCUCUUCGGUUUUUAAAUACCAUUUUAGUUGCUUGCUCUAAAUUUUAUUCAAUGUGAAACAAUAAUGAUGCAAAAUUUUGACUUGGUCCAUGAGGAUUUGUGUCAUUAAUAAGUUUCAGUGUUGUACUAUGA